UUGUUGGAGUCGGUGGCUCUCCUAAAGUUUCCUUAUCUGCGAUUAUGGGGGAGAGGAUUUGUGAGGUUGUGCUAGCUUCUUUUAUAAGAUAUCUAACUUAUAUUUUUUGGGUAUACACAUUCAAUACCUGUCACCCUUUAGAUUCCGCCAGAUUCAGGGUUUAGUCACAGUUAAGACUCAUCAUCUCUCCCUUAGUGUGUAUUGUGUGGGGAUCGAACCCGAGAACUCUUCCCGCACACUCAAUCUGUGUUGCCAACUAAGCUACCCUAUUAGAUGUAACUUAUAUUUUUGUACUACAUUUUAGAAAUGAAUAAACUAAAAAUUGUAUGAAUAAAAAAAGUUUGUAAAAUGCAUUAUUUUUUACCACGUGUAAAAUGCAACCUUGUUGCAUAAGGAAAGAAAAGAAGGAGCAGAAGCCCAUGAAGGCCCAUGUCAUGAAACGGCUCCGACAUCUCUCUGCAAAAUCCUUUAUUUCUCAGAAUUCAUCUUUUUCUCCGAACCAUUUUCAGCAUUCAGCUUCAUCAAUACGAGAGGAUCGGAUUCUGGGUUUCGUUUGUAUAGAUGUGAAGGUUCCUUUCCUUUUGAGCUGUGGAGUCUAAGGUGACUUCUAGUUUGGAGUUGGAGAUGGCGAGUGGGAGUAAGGUGGGUGUGCAAACUUUGGAUGAAGGUUUGCAGCCUUUGCCGAAUGGGAAUAUUGAAGACACCUUGCAGAGUGAGCUAGAAAGGAUAUUGCAAGAGCAGCGCAAUCAGCAAUUUAUCAAUCAAGAAAGGGAUGUCAAUGUUUACAGGAGUGGAAGUGCUCCUCCAACAGUGGAAGGAUCUUUAAGAGCUUUUGGUAGUCUGAGGGACUCCGAUUUUGGGGUGGUCAAUAGUGGGAGAAAUGAUAAUGAUGGGUUUUUGACUGAAGAUGAGCUUAGAUCUCAUCCUGCCUAUCUUUCCUAUUAUUAUUCACAUGAGAGCAUAAAUCCUAGAUUACCGCCCCCGUUGUUGUCAAAAGAAGAUUGGCGUGUUGCGCAAAGGUUUCAAGCUGGCGGCGGGUCUUCUUCAAUUGAGGGAUUUGGGGACUGGAGGAAGAAUGUGGCCACAAAUGGUGAUAGUUCAUCGCUAUUUUCAAUGCAGCCAGGAUAUUCUGUGCAGCAGGCAGAGAAUGAUUUGAUGGAGCUGAGAAAAGCCAGCGGACGGAAUCUCUCUAGGCAGAGUUCAACUCAGUUGGUUGACAGACAUAUGGAUGGUUUGGCAAGAAUGUCAGGGGCUGAUCUUGGUGCUAGGAGGGCCUGUUUUUCUGACAUUCUUCAGCAGGAAGGACUUGAUCAACCUGCUUCAUUGUCAAGCAAUAUGUCACGUCCAGCAAGUCUCAACGCAUUUGGUGAUAUCAUGGAUUCAAAUAGCAUUAUUGAUCAUGAAUCCUUGGAGGGCUUGCGUUCUUCAGCUUCUACCCCUGGUUUGGUCGGACUUCAGAAUCACAGUGUAAAUGUUUCUCGUAAUUUUGCAUCUACUGUGGGUUCUUCUGUGUCAAGAGUGAUGACUCCUGAACCACAGGUUUUUGGGAGAUCUGUUGGAUCUGCAGUUCCCCAAAUGGGUAGUAAAGUUUUCUCUGGUGAGAAAAAUGGCAUUGGCUUGGGUACCCAGAAUGGCUACUCUUCCAAUAUGCCUGAUCUUACUCGUAUGGUGUCUUCUUUAUCGAGGUUAAAUUUAUCAGGUGCUAACCUUGCAGAGCAAGAUAUUCUUUUAAAAUCUAAGCUGCAAAUGCCUGAUGUUCUGUUAAGCACACCGAGCAAUGUUAAUUUGACCGGACAUAAUGAGAUCUUAAGAGGAAUGAACUCAUUUAGUUCAAACGAGCGAGUCAAUUUGAUGAGAAAAUCUGCUUCUUAUUCUAAUCUUCGCUCAAAAGUUUCUUCUACUGGAAAUUUAUCUAGUUUGUCAAGCACAGACUUCACUGGCCAUGUUCCUGGCGCAUAUCUCGGAAACUCAAAAUUGAAUACUGUGUAUGAUAAUCAUCUUGAGACAGCUUUGAGGGGUCGCAGAGAUGGUCAAAGUUUGGAUGCUCUACGAAAUCAACUUGCUAAUGAAUUUCAUUCGACAACCCUGGACCCACGCUUCAUCCAAUCCUUGCAGCAAAGUUCUGAUUACCGGCAAGGGAUGAGCAGUUCUGGUGAUCCUUUUCAGAUAAGAAAUUUCACGGAUACUUCACAUGGAGACUUAGAGGGACUUCAGAAAGCAUAUCUUGAGACACUUCUUGCUCAACAAAAGCAGCAGUAUGAACUCCCACUUCUGAGCAAAUCUGUGCUUCUUAAUAAUGGGUUCUUUGGGAGUCAGCCAUAUGGUCUUGGCAUGCCAUAUUCAGGAAAGCAGACUGCAAAUUCCUCACUUCCUUCUCUUGGAUCUGGGAAUCCACUGUUUGACAAUGAACGUAUGUCACAGUUAACUUCUAUGAUGAGAAGUUCAAUGGGAGGUUCUGGCAGCUCAUGGCAUGCUGAUAUUGGCAAUAACAUGGAGGCAAGAUUUGCUUCAUCCUUACUGGAUGAGUUCAAGAACAAUAAGGCCAGGCCUUUUGAACUUCCAGAUAUCGUUGACCAUGUGGUUCAAUUCAGCACGGAUCAAUAUGGUAGCCGAUUCAUUCAGCAGAAAUUAGAAACAGCUUCUGUAGAAGAGAAGACCAAGAUAUUUCCUGAGAUCAUUCCUCAUGCUCGUGCCUUGAUGACUGAUGUCUUUGGCAAUUAUGUUAUACAGAAAUUUUUUGAGCAUGGUACAGAAAGUCAGAGAAAGGAGUUAGCCAGCCAACUUGCAGGUCAUGUUUUACCUCUUAGUCUGCAAAUGUAUGGUUGCAGAGUGAUUCAGAAGGCCUUGGAGGUGGUUGAUGUGGAUCAGCAAAGUCAAAUGGUGUCAGAGCUCAGUGGUGCAGUAAUGAAAUGUGUACGUGAUCAAAAUGGAAACCAUGUUAUUCAGAAGUGUAUAGAGUGUGUCCCUCAAGAUAAAAUUCAGUUUAUUGUCUCAUCUUUCUAUGGGCAAGUUGUUGCACUUUCUACUCAUCCUUAUGGAUGCAGAGUUAUUCAGAGGGUUCUAGAACAUUGUGAUGAUCUAAAUACACAACAAAUUAUCAUGGAUGAAAUCAUGCAAUCUGUCUGCACUUUAGCACAGGACCAAUAUGGAAAUUAUGUUAUUCAGCAUAUCCUAGAACAUGGUAAACCACAUGAACGAGCUGCUAUUAUCAGCCAGCUAGCUGGGCAAAUUGUAAAGAUGAGCCAGCAAAAAUUUGCUUCUAAUGUUAUCGAGAAGUGCUUGGCUUUUGGUAGUCCUGAUGAACGUCAGCUAUUGGUGAAUGAAAUGCUUGGUACUUCUGAUGAGAAUGAGCCCUUACAGGCUAUGAUGAAGGACCCUUUUGGAAAUUAUGUUGUGCAAAAGGUUCUUGAGACCUGCGAUGAUCAGAGCCUUGAGCUGAUCCUUUCUCGCAUCAAGGUUCACUUAAAUGCCCUGAAGCGGUACACCUAUGGCAAACAUAUAGUUACUCGUGUGGAGAAGCUCAUAACCGCUGGAGAAAGGCGCAUAGGAUUGUUGGCCUAAUUUACUGUAUCUUCUGUCAUCCUAUUGAGGUCUCAUCCUCCUGGCCCGCCGCAUAGAGGUUUUGCUUUUGUACAGCUAACAUGAAUGUUAAUAUCACCAACUUUCCUCUGCUAGCCUCAUCUGUAUAAAGCAUUGGAGAUAAACAGAUUCAACUGGGCUACUGGAAUAAUAUUUUUCUUUGCUCUGCUUGAUUUUGUUGUUGCAACUCGACAGAGAACCUCCAUAGGGAGAGUUACUUAGGAUGCUAAGAUUAGGGUCGCGGCAAUGUGUACUGAAUGUGUAUGUAUGAGGUCCAUUGUCUGUAAAGAAAAUAAUAGCAAAUGAUUGCAGUAACCAGAGCUAUUAGUCAGGCUCUAAACUUGAAUUUUAUGAAUGUAAAUAAUAUGCUGCAACUUUCUUGGGCU